GUGAGCGAAAGGCAGUGUGUCCGCCAUUUACAGUUGGGAGGAGGAACGUGUCUAUUUUCGAGCUGAGAGAUUCGCUUGAUUUACUCGCUUUGCCCCCUCCCCCCACUCCCUUUUUCUGCGUGGGGGGCUCGGGCUUGCAUCCACGAUCGUUGUUCGUAAAGGAUACCCAUUAGAGAUAUUUUUUACUCGAAAACUCGAUUCCAGUGUGAAAGGAAGAAGCCGGGAUGUUACGUAUAUGGAUAGCUCUGCAGUGAGCCUCUCCCCCGGCAGUUCGACCUUACCCUGGGGUUUUCUAUUGUUGCAGCAUCCUGGCCUAGUCCAUCUGGCAGCCUGGACUUCAGUUGCUUAUUUGAAUUUUGCUGACUUUUUUUAAACCAUAGGCAUCGCAUCCAUUUUGAAAGCUUGGACGAGCAGAACCUUAUGGCAUCGGCGGGACAGUCGUGGCGUUGUAUAUUAUCUGUGCUGAAAAAAAAACGACGUUUUCCAUAACAGUGGAAUUGUUCUGUUGAGAGAACAGAAACUAGCAUCGCUGAAAGGGAUUAUUACGUUGAUUGUCUUUUUUUUGUUCUGGCCGUUUUUAACUAUAUUAUUUUUGGAGCUCAUUCGGGAACAAGGAACUAUUUUGGCCUUGUUUAUAUCGGUUUGAUUUUCGUUUUCAUUUUAAAUUUCUUUAUCGCCCCUUUGAGAAGUGAAGACUGGAUGAAAAUUGUUCGAAGUUUUUAAUCAAGGAUGGAUGGAUCACAACAGAUGGUCCAUGUUUAUGUCGCUGCGUUACAACUGAUUGAGUUGGACAAUAUUGCGUAUCUCACUUUUCGUACCGGAACGCUUCAGUUCUAUGGACCCGACCCUUUGCACAAACAUAGCAUGGAUUUAUUUUGACUCCUUUAAAGAAAAUCGGUUUGCAUUUGUCUCUACGCAUACUUGGUACUUUUUUUUCCAUUUCAAACAUUCAACUGGCUGUGUGCUUCGCGUUGACAUCUUGUUUGGAGAAAAACCUUUUAAUUUGAAGCCUUUUGAGAAUUGAAUUUUUGUAGCAAUGUCGGAAAACGCAGACAAUGUUGGGUCUUUACUGCGCCCCCCUAAAAAUGGUACCAAUUCCAGUUCAGAUACGACGAUAGGGGAGCGUUUUGGAGUAAGUUUAAGAAAAAAAGAAGAGUUUAAGGCUCUCAGGAGGCGGCGACAUACUAUGGAUAAGGACAGCAAAGCAGAGCACCAACGUUUUAUCAGGAGGAGUGUAAUCUGUGAUUCCAACGUUACAGCGUUGGACCAUCUGCCCAGUAAGACAUGCAUUAUCGUUUCGCCACCCGAAUCGGAUAGUGCAGCUACAUUAAUAAGCAGUAUUACUAAUAAUAACGAAGCGCAACCUCCAGUACAAGCAACGACAGUUGACUCUGUCACUGUGGCAAUUCCUGUAUUUGCCGGAGAAAAAUGUGAAAAGUGCAUUGAUGGCAAUACGAAAGACGGAAGCACAGUCGCUGGAAUUGGGGAUGAACGACCUAGGGCCGCCGUCCGUUCGCCCGAUGCCGAUGUUUGCAACCACGCGGGGACCACGACCAGUAGUGGCAAAGACAGAAAAAAGCAAAAAACUGUUCCAAUUAAAGAGGAAACAGAGUUGAAAGUUAACGAUGAUGACAGUUCAGAGAGCAAAGAAGCGGAAGAGGCAAAAAAUCAAGAGAGGAAGGCGCAGGAAGAUAAUGAAGAAAUAGAGACCAAGGCUGUGGCAACCUCUCCUGAUGGGAGGUUUUUGAAGUUUGAUAUCGAAAUUGGGAGAGGAUCUUUCAAAACCGUCUAUAAAGGUCUAGACACAGAAACGACAGUGGAAGUAGCUUGGUGUGAAUUACAGGAUCGAAAGUUGUCAAAGUCAGAAAGGCAAAGAUUUAAAGAAGAAGCUGAAAUGUUGAAGGGCUUGCAGCAUCCAAACAUAGUCAGAUUUUAUGACUCUUGGGAAUCAACUUUAAAGGGAAAGAAGUGCAUAGUAUUGGUGACAGAACUGAUGACAUCAGGUACUCUGAAAACUUAUUUGAAGAGAUUUAAGAUAAUGAAAAUCAAGGUGCUUCGAAGUUGGUGUCGUCAAAUUUUAAAGGGUCUUCAUUUUCUUCAUACACGUACACCACCCAUCAUCCAUCGAGAUUUGAAAUGUGACAACAUCUUCAUUACAGGCCCUACUGGAUCAGUUAAAGUUGGGGAUCUUGGCCUAGCUACACUUAAAAGGGCAUCAUUCGCAAAAAGCGUUAUAGGUACCCCUGAGUUCAUGGCCCCAGAGAUGUACGAAGAAAAAUAUGACGAGUCUGUUGAUGUUUACGCUUUUGGGAUGUGUAUGCUAGAGAUGGCAACCUCAGAAUACCCAUACUCGGAAUGCCAGAAUGCUGCUCAGAUCUAUCGUAGAGUAACCAGUGGUGUGAAACCAGCUAGCUUUGACAAGGUCGCAAUCCCUGAAGUUAAAGAAAUAAUUGAAGGAUGUAUUCGGCAGAAUAAAGAUGAACGGUAUGCAAUUAAGGAUCUGUUGAGCCAUGCGUUUUUUCAGGAAGAUACUGGUGUUCGUGUAGAGUUGGCAGAAGAAGAUGAUGGAGAAAAGCUUGCAAUUAAGCUUUGGCUGCGAAUUGAAGAUAUUAAGAAACUUAAAGGAAAGUAUAAGGAUAACGAAGCCAUAGAAUUCUCAUUUGACUUGGAAAGAGAUGUUCCGGAGGAUGUGGCUCAGGAAAUGGUGGAAUCUGGAUUUGUAUCUGAAGGAGAUCAUAAGACCAUGGCUAAAGCCAUUAAAGAUCGUGUAUCUCUGAUCAAAAGGAAACGAGAACAACGUCAGUUGGUUAGAGAGAAACAAGAAAAGUUAGAGGAACAGCAGAAGAAGCAUGAUCAGUUGCAGCACCAGAAAACUCAACAAGGAGCCAGUAUCUCUCAAACUGGAGGGGGACAUCCUUCCCAGUUACCUGCCACAGCACUUCCUUCUGCCCUUACUGGAACCCUACCAACCCAAGUUGAACCAGAAGAGCCUGAGGCAGAUCAGCAUCGUUUGCAGUACCAGCCAGCUGGAAACUCUGUUACAUCUGAUGGCACAUUUGAUAGUGGCCAGAGUUCAUCUGGAUUUUCAGAUUCUCAUGGCAGUCAAACUGUUUCCUAUGGUUCUGCUCAAGAACAGCACAUUUCAAGCCAGACUCCUUCAAAUAUCCAGGCAGUAUCACAACAGCAUUGUAGCCAUCAGCAGCAUUCUACAGGACAGGUGCAAAUGCAGAGCCAGCCACCACCUACGAGUCUUCCUUUGACUGUGUCAAAUCAGCAGGCAUCCCCUCAACCUCCAGCAGGAUCCGUACAGCAGACAAACAAGUUUGGCAGUUACUGCACCCCAGCGUAUCUUCCACAGACGGUACCACAGCAGCCUGUGCAGUAUUCAGUUCCACAAAUGGUAUCCAGUGGUUCAGUUCCAGGUCAAAUAGUUCCUCAACCCCAGGUUCUGCCUAUCAGUCAAAUGCAUACUGCUCAGCAGGGUCCUCCUUCAACACAGAAUUAUUCCACCCAGUUGCCAAUUGUUACUCCUAGCCCUGUAAAGUCUUCUGGGAGCGUCCAGUCCACUAUCGUCUCACCACCACUUCCAGUUUCCAUGGAUAUUGUAUCUCAGCCUGUUACACAAGCAUCAUAUCACAUUGGUCUUGCUGCAGGCAUGGCUCAAACCUAUAUUGAAUCUACAGCACCUGGACAAACAAGAUUAUUACAGCCUUGUACCUCCACUGUUCAGCAGAACCAGACAGGACAAUUACAGACACAGGCAUCCCAAGAGGGGACCCAGGCUCCAAUACAGGCGGAACAGUUGCAGUUAUGCUCAUCUGUGGACAGUGCUCACUCAGAUGUUGCUUCUGGGAUGAGCGAUGGUAAUGAAGGCCUUCCAGCAAGUGGAAGACAUGAAGGGAGAUCAGCAAAGCGGCAUUAUCGUAAAUCUGUAAGGAGUCGUUCACGUCAUGAAAAAUCAUCAAGACCAAAGCUACGAAUUCUAAACGUUUCAAAUAAAGGAGACAGAGUUGUGGAAUGCCAACUGGAAACGCACAAUCGAAAAAUGGUUACUUUUAAAUUUGAUUUGGAUGGUGACAAUCCAGUAGAGAUAGCUUCUAUUAUGGUUCAGAACGAGUUUAUCCUGGAGACUGAGAGGGAAUUAUUUAUUGACCAAGUAAGGGAAAUUAUUGAGAAAGCUGAUGAAAUGCUGAGUGAAGAUCCAAGUGGGGAGCCAGAAGGUGAUCAAGGAUUGGAGACUGUAAAAGCCCAGGUAGCUGCUUGCUUUAAUCAAGCACAGAAAGCAGAGGGCAAAUAUAAACAAGAAGAGCCCCUAACAUCAGCACCCAUUCAACUAGGUACUCAAGCAGGCUCUGCAACACAGGUGGUCCAUUCUGCUGGAAGACGGUUUAUUGUGAGUCCCGUCCCUGAGAGCCGAUUACGAGAACCAACUUUCAACAUGGGCGUCACUUCAAUUAAAGAAAUUCAAACGGCUGGUUCCCAUAGUCACAAUCUAAAUCUAUCACACUCGGCUUCUUCAGUGAGCUUGCAACAAGCCUUUUCCGAUUUAAAGCAUAAACCAUUUCAAGAAGGUCCUAAUACUGCUCCUCCAAUCUUCAAUCAAACUAUGGCACCAUUUACUGUGGCACAUCCAGAAAUGACCAGUAUUGGACAAGGAAUUCAUAUACAAACAGCAGUGUCAUCAUCAGCACCAGCUAGUCUCAUAACUGCUAGUUCUGUGUCCCAAGCCAGGGUACAGAAUAUUCAGUCGCAACCAGCUGAGUUAAGUAGUGAAAGCAUUGCUGGUGUGAUUGGCCCUAGUUCCAUAUUGCUUCCUCCAACCCCUCAGUCAACUCAGCUGUCUGUUGGUGGCCUUGCUGCUAAUGUUAGUGUUUCAAGUUGUGUACCUCCGCCUUGGACCUGUCAGUCAAGCCAGCAACUAAUUAGUGGUCAUGUCACAAAUGUUUCAGUCGUAAGCUCGUUAGUGCAGCCAUUAACAUCACAAGUUGGUCAAGCUUUGAUAGAAGAAACAACUAUCAGCGUAGGACCUUCAACUUCUGUUACCCCAUCUUCCACUGAAGCUGUGAUUUUGCCGACAACCCAACAGCUCAGUGGGGGACCUGAGGUCAGCCUGGCAGAAUCUUCAGUUUCACUGAACUUGUUUCAGAGCCAGAAAGAAAAUUUGUAUAGUGCAACCCAAGCAGAAAUUCAGCCAGUGGGUGGUAAUAUAAUGACACUGGCAGUUUCCACUUCACCACCAUUAUUGCAACCUGUUUGUGGCACUCAAACUCCUGUGGUUCAAACAGUUACUACACAAAAUGCCACCCUACCUCAAACAGUGGGCAUUUCUGUGCCCCUAGCAACCCAGACCUCUGCAUCUGGCACAGGAACUGCACAGCCUGUUUGCAGCAUUCCUUCUGUUCAGCAAACGCUGAUUCACAAUCGGCCUCAAACAGCUUUUCUUCCAAAUCAACCCCAUAUUCAUUGCUCUGAAGUGGACGUAGAUUUGAACGCCAAAGGAACAGGCAUCGAUAAUAUUAAGACCUUGGAUGAAAAGCUUCGAUCGCUGUUCAGCGAGCAUAGUGCUGCAGGCUGUGCUCACAUUUCAGCAUCUUCGGAGAUGGGAUUGGUUGCAGAAUCCACCACGGUUGAUAGUUUGCUUAUUUCAGGAAAAGCAUCUGCUGCUCCAGGAACUUCAACAGUUACUGUCGCGUCCUACCCAGUAACUGCCACAGGGUCUGUCAUACCUCCUUCUAGUCUACCUCUUGGCCCAACAGGACUUCCUUUAACUGUCCAGCAACCUUUGACUCCAGCCAGUUAUACUGUAUCCUUGACGAGUGUCAUUACAACUGCAGGACGGCCAGGCACUCCACCUUCCAAGCCACCACUGGGCAGAUUACCAGUGCAACAGCUAAGCACGGAAGCUCUUGAUCAGCAAUUAAAACAAGCUCUCACACCACCCACUGAGCAGUUGCCAUCUUUUCCAGGAACUUCACUAACCCAGUCACAACAACCGUUAGACACUUUAGAUGCCCAAUUAAGACGUGCUCUCAGUCCAGAGACUGUGACAAAUGCACCAGUUCCUGUCACAUCGGUACAGGGUAUGAUUCCAGUAAAUGGGUCAGUUGUACCUCCUGGACAGAGCUAUACAACACCUGGUCUGCCUGGUGAAGGUCAUGUUCCACAGCUGGGUGAUAGUAAUAUGGCUUCCUCAGAAGAUAAAUUGGGCUGUCCUGUGCUGGUGUCACAAUCUCACGAGGAAGGGGUCAUAGAGUCAAACAUAGCUGUAAUUACUGCAACUGGAAGUGGAGUAGUUAAAAUGGGUCGUUUUCAGGUUUCUGUUGCAACAGAUGAUGUCUUGUAUCAAGAAGCAAAUGACAAGCGGGAAGAAAGUAAGCUGAAACGUAUGUCAGAUGAGUCUUCAUUUUCUGGAAGCAGCCCUGAGAGUACAGUGAUUAAAUCUGAACAUGACAGUCACGAAGACGUGGUGGAUAGUGUCUCAGUAACUCGAAACAAAAACAGCAAAUCUGUGCCAUACCAAGAACAGGAGCCAGCUCAGAAGGCAAAUAUAGGAAGAUUCCAGGUCACAACACAACGUGACACUGUUGGCCGCUUUUCAGUAGCAAGGACACAAGAUGAAGUUACUUAUGAAGCAGGCAAGGGAAUUGUUCCUUAUGUUCCUUUGAGCACUGCUCCAAUGACAGUAAUUUCCUCUGUGGCAGUGGAUCUCUUCAGAGCAUCAGAUCAAAUUUUGCCAUCAAAAGAACCAACUAGCUCAGAACAGUAUCUACAUGUGAAUGGACCAGUUUUGCAGGAAACUGGACUGCAACCUUAUUCAAAGGAAUUGGAUCAAGCGCAGGUUGAUAGUGCAGGAAGUUCAGUUUCCCCUCAAUCUCCAGAAUCAAAGAGUGCUACCAUUGUACAAAACCUUACCAAUUCCUUUAAUUCCUCCUACAUGAGCAGUGAUAAUGAUUCGGAAAUUGAAGAUGAAGAUAUGCGAAAAGAACUCCACAGAUUGAGGGACAAACAUUUGAAAGAAAUCCAGGAGUUGCAGUCACGGCAGAAGCUGGAGAUCGAGGAACUUUAUAUCAAGUUGGGUAAGGCACCACCAGCUGUAAUAAUUCCACCUGCAGCACCCCUGUCUGGACGUCGUAGACGGCCCACUAAAGGGAAAAGCAACAAAUCUAGUCGAAGCAGUUCCCAAGGACAAAAGAGUCCUUUACCAUCUGGAUCCUUAACUGCUCAGAGUACUGCUUCAGUUUUAACAUCACAGCAGAUGCUUUUGCCGCCCCCAAGUACUCAAGAAUUCACUGUUUCUGGGCAAGGUCAGUUGCUGAAACCAUCACCAUCCAGUGAAAAUUUGUACUCUGCUUACACCAGUGAAGGGGUGAUUUCUGGACAAAGUGCUCCUGGAACUGCACAAGGAACAACCAGCACAAAUGCGGUAAGUGGAGUUGGCUCGUUGGCUCAGCAACAACAACCAGCAAUAACAAGUAGAAAAGGCACCUUCACAGAUGAUUUGCAUAAGUUAGUGGACAAUUGGGCUCGCGAUGCUAUGAACCUCUCUCAGAACAAACGUGGCAUGAAGCAACAAGGUCAACAAGGCCAGCAUUACUCUGAAACAAUGCCAAGGAAAUAUUCAGCACCAGGUCAACUUUGUGUCUCCAUGACAAACUCUGCUGCCUCAGUUGGCUCCUUGGGCCCUUUCAGCAAGACUCCUAUCUGCCAGUAUGGUUAUCCUGGAACACCUUAUGGUGCCCAGUGGACUGGAGCACCACCCCAACAGCAACCAAGCAUUAUACCACCAACACCAGGCCUCCAGUUUCAAGCAGUUGGCUCCACUUCACUACAGAGUUUUCCCUUGGGCACUUUGCAGAAAUCUGUCAGCAAUCCUUCUGGAUCCAAUCUUAGGACAACGUAGAUGUAUAAUUCAAAUUCUGGAUAAGUGUGAUCAAUAGACUGAGUGAAAUUCAAGGUUUAAUGGCCUCUGCUGAUGUUGCUGGGGAUAGGUCAUAGAGUUUUAAAGCAUACAGAUGACUGACACUGCUUUUAUAUACACAGCAUCAUUUGAGAGCUAUUUUACUAGUUCUGUUUCAAACAGCGUUCUGUGUGGACAAAUAUUUACCCAUCAGUUUUUGAUGUUCAAACACUGUGAUAUAUAAAUGUUGUUGGACAACAGUAGUUAAAAGUGGAUUUAGAGGGUUUAAAGUUUAAAAAAAACAAAAAAACUAAAGCUAGCUAUAAUCCAUACUUAUCAGAGACACUUUAAUUUCUUUGUUACUUUAUUGUAUUAGGUAAAUAAAUGUGAAUGUAAAAUUGUAUAAAUGUACUUGAAUACCUGUUUUUCCCAGUAUGCUUGCUGGAUUCAUAGUGCCUUGUAUUGUGCUUCUGACUUGUCUGCAGGAAAGCACUUAGUGUCCCCAACAGAAAAAAAUAAAGAGGAAGAGAGCAAGUGAAA